AUGGAUGUAUCACCAGCAUUUCCAUACCAGCAUCUCGAGGACGACCACAUUCGUCUGAUUCAGCUUCUACCGCAAAGUACAGGAACGACUAUAGAGUGCUCGAUACACCAUAGCAAGCUUGAAGAGGCAGAAGACAAUUACAUCGCGCUAUCCUACUGCUGGGGAGAUUCGACCACCACCGAACUAAUCACCUUAGAUGGACACCCAAUCCGGGUCACUCAGAAUCUAUGGCACGCUUACACAGCCAUCGUACAGCACCACGAUCGCAACGCAUACUAUUGGAUUGAUGCACUGUGCGUAAAUCAGCAGAACCUUGCAGAGCGGAAUCACCAUGUUCAGAGAAUGGGCAUGGUCUACUCCACUGCGAAAGCGGUGCACACCUGGCUGGGUUCCGAGGACCACGAGACCGUGAUCGCCUUCACUGAGAUCGUCUCUAGAGCAAAUGCCAACACUUCCACAGGAUCCAACCCUCCAGACCAGAGAGCAGCCACUGCGGUAGGAAACCUUGCCUCACGGGAAUAUUUCAAUCGAGCCUGGGUAAUCCAGGAAUUCAUUCCAGCACGCAAUCUACAAAUCCUCUGCGGGCGCUUCACCUGCGACUGGACAGCCCUUGACGCUUGCAUAAAAGAUAUAGAGACAUAUAGCGGCGUUGAGAUUGACUACACAGUAGGCGCCAACAACCUGCUAGGAGGGCGCGGUGCCCAUCUCAAUGCGGAGCCAGACACUGCUACACUGAGUCACUGGGAGCGCUUCUACGGAUGUAUGAUGAUCUUCUCGCAGGCGAAAUGCUUCGAUGCUCGAGAUCGUGUCUUCGCCACAUUGGACCAUCCAUGGCUGGAAAGCAUACCCGGUGAUAUGCUGAGAGUGGACUACUCAUUGACGAAGGAAGAAGUCAUGCUAUCCACUCUGGAGACCUGUGAGCGCAUUCGUGUCUUCGAGCGAGAAGUCUCGUCGGCGGGGCUCAGUGAGGAUGACCAGGAAUUUGUCGAAGCAAUCUGGCAGCAGAUGUUCCUGACCAUUGGGCAGGCAGGAGUUGACCACGGGAAAAGAGAAUUGAAGCUGUUCAGACAUGGGGUUCUGGAGCAGCAUGGGUGGGGUUGUUCUCGACUGCCGCUAUCGGUUUCGACACAGUCUGGUCGUGAAGUCGAUUGCUCGGGUCCGGUGCUGGCGUUUCUGCUUCAGCUUGCGGAGAUACAGACUACUUGA